UAGGUCCAGAAAACCAAGGCCUACUUACUGAUCGGUUGUAAGUGGUUUCCGUCCGACACGAGCUUCCUUUGCUGCGCGGGAGGUCGCCGUACGACUCGAAGAAAAAGGCUGCUGCUUUUGCGGAACACCAUAACAUCGGUGAGAGGCCCGUUCGACGAGAGUGAACCAUGCAGGGAAACAGAGGCUUUAGAAUGGAACAGAAUCAUGCACCCCGGAAACAAAUGCAGCAGCAUCACCAGCAGCAGCACCACCAACAACAGCAGCAGCAACAGCAGCCGCCAGAGGAUGAGACUCCUUCACCCACCAAUGGAGAACAGAACACAGAACCCAAUGAAGAGGUUACCAUUGAUCUGAAAACUUUCCGUAAACCUGGGGAGAAGACUUUUACCCAGCGAAGCCGUCUUUUUGUUGGCAACUUGCCUCCUGAUCUCACAGAAGAGGAGCUACGCAAAAUGUUUGAGCGAUAUGGCAAGGCAGCUGAGAUCUUCAUACACAAAGACAAAGGAUUUGGAUUUAUUAGACUGGAAACUCGCACCCUGGCUGAAAUAGCAAAGGCUGAACUGGAUAACCUUCCACUUCGUGGAAAGCAGCUGCGAGUUCGCUUUGCUUGUCACAGUGCUGCUUUGUCUGUCCGUAAUCUUCCACAGUUUGUGUCCAAUGAACUACUGGAGGAGGCAUUUUCCAUAUUUGGGCAGGUGGAGAGAGCUGUGAUAAUUGUUGAUGACCGUGGUAGACCUACUGGCAAAGGCAUUGUUGAGUUUGCAUCAAAGCCCUCUGCACGUAAAGCUCUAGAUCGAUGCUCUGAUGGUGCUUACCUUCUCACUGCUUUCCCGCGGCCUAUAACUGUAGAACCCAUGGAGCAGUUGGAUGAAGAGGAAGGUUUACCUGAGAAACUUCUUGCUAAAAACCAGCUCUAUCACAAGGAACGGGAACAACCUAUUCGUUUUGCUCAACCUGGUUCCUUUGAGUAUGAAUAUGCUAUGCGCUGGAAGGCCCUGAUUGAAAUGGAAAAACAGCAGCAGGAACAAGUGGAUCGGAACAUUAAAGAAGCACAGGAAAAGAUGGAGGUGGAAAUGGAGGCUGCAAGACAUGAACACCAGGUUAUGCUUAUGAGACAAGAUCUAAUGAGGCGCCAAGAAGAGUUGCGCAGAAUGGAGGAGCUUCACAAUCAAGAGCUGCAGAAACGCAAGCAAAUUGAACUAAGACAUGAGGAGGAGCGCAGAAGACGUGAGGAGGAGACUCGCAGACAGCAAGAAGAAAUGCUCAGACGUCAGCAGGAAAGCUAUAAAGGAAGUUAUCCUGAUUCUCGAGAAGCAGACAUGAGGCUGGCACAGAUGGCUAUGACAGGCUCAAUUGGAGUUAAUAACCGUCCUCCCCCACUAGUUGGAAGCAAUGUGCCUACUGGAACUGCAGCCACUACAGGACCUGGUCCUAUGAUGCCAGAGGGUGCUGCUAUUGGAAUGACCCCACCACCAACUGAACGCUUUGGACAGGCUUCUAACAUAGAAGCACUUGGAGGAGCAACCAACCCACCCACAUUCCCACGUGGUGCCGCAGGUGGUGAUUUUGGCUCUAACAAACGUCGAAGAUACUGAUUUUUUUUUUUUUAUUUUUUUUUUUUCCUUUGUUGUCUGUCCAGGAGUCUCUGAGCUGGCCAGGGCUAGUGAGGUUUUUUGUUUUUUUUGGUCAUCAGUAGUGUUUAAAUUGUGGGCAGUCUCUACAAAUGGAGACCCAUUCCACAUUUAUUUUUAUUCUUUUGUUUGGGAGGGGGCAACUUAGUGCACAAAAUGUGAAAGUUUCCAAAGCAGAGAUGCCAACAUCUCUUGAUUACAGCAGGAUGUAGGUUAAUAAUAAUCUUGAAAUGGAUAUCUGAAAUGCUGCCCCCUUGCCACCCAUUAAGUAUAUUAUGCCGCUUUGAAUCGCCUGUUUUCCUAACAGGUUGGUUAUUUUAUACAUGUUUUAUUGCUGCCCUGUGCUCUUCCAGAGAGGUUCAAUUUUUUUUAUAUAUAUAUUUUUUUUUUUAAUGUAUUUUUUUUUCCCAUUAUUUUGGACCAUGAGUUUUAUGCAGUUUAUUUUCUUCAACUGUGCUUGGGCUGGUCUACAUAACUCAGUCUUUGUCACUUCACUUCCAAUGUGUUCAGCAGUCAGUCACAACUUUCUACUGUCAUCCCAAUGAGCGCGUACCUGAUGCCUCUGUGAGCAGUGCCACAAGCAAACUAAUGGUUCUUUAGGAUGUUAAAGUUAAGAAAUAAAUGGGAUUUUAAGUAUA